GUUUUCAGUAUUCAGGUUAAAAAACCAAGUUCCUGUUUUUUGGUUUAUCUUUGUUUUUUUCUCCAAUUUAAGCCAAGUAAAUAGCCUCCAAACGGCCCUGGUGAAGGAGGAGCUAGUGACUCCGCUACUACCAAAGCAUAAUUCCAACUCCCCAAUGAGCAUGUCUGUGGAUUUCAAAACUUAUGUAGAUCAGGCAUGUAGAGCUGCCGAGGAGUUUGUCAAUAUUUACUAUGAGACAAUGGACAAAAGAAGACAUGCAAUUACGCGGCUGUAUCUGGACAAGGCCAGUUUAAUCUGGAAUGGAAAUGCUGUUACAGGGAUGGAAGGCCUUAAGAAAUUUUUUGACAUGUUGCCAUCUAGUGAGUUCCAGGUCAAUAUUUUAGAUUGCCAGCCAGUUCAUGAACAAGCCACCCAGGCCCAGACUACCAUUCUUGUGGUGACCAGCGGAACUGUGAAGUUUGAUGGAAACAAACAACAUUUUUUCAACCAGAACUUCCUGCUGACUGCACAGAGCACUCCUAACAGCACCGUGUGGAAGAUUGCAAGUGAUUGUUUCCGUUUUCAAGAUUGGGCUGGCCAUUAAAUGGGGGCAAAAGGCCAUUCCAUGGGUCCAUUUGUUCCAGCAAAAGUUUAUGUGAAUUAAUAUAUUUCAUUAUAAAAGUACUAUAAGAUAUGUGCUAAAUCUAAAUUGAGUUCAUAUUUUUUUAUUCCUAGCAGCACCUUUUCUAGCAGCUUCCAGUUUAGAUUGUUGCCCUCAAGAGGUUUAAAGCGAGUUUUUUACAUGCCUUAUAUAUACAUUCCACUGAUGACAUUCCUGGAAUAAUACUAAACAUGAUCUAGGUACUAACAUACUCACUGUGAAUCCAACCUGUUGUAAAUAUGGUAUCCUUUUGUAAUA